ACAGCUAUGAAAUGCAGGGGUCCUGUUCCACGUUGUCAGUGACAAUGUUGAUCGUCCUUUGCUUGGGUUUAACAAGAGUUUUUGUAAACGGAAUCACUGUUUAUUUAGAUCACUUAUAAUGAUGGAUUGACGAGCUAAAACACGUUAUUGUUCUUCGAACGUUUUUAUCUUGAGGAUGUCUCUGAAACACAGUAUGUGUUUGCUGUCACGGGUUUCAUUCCGAACAGUCUCUUUCCGUACCGCUGCUGGUGCGCUUGAUCGCGGUUAUAGUUUGUACCAUGUACCGCUUCGCUGUGUUCGAGAGCCCGAGCCUCUCGGCUUCGUGCAGUGCAGAAGCGCCUCUUCUAGUAGCCCGGCCAGACCCCCUGAUACAUCUCUGUUUGUCCCUUUGAACAUCAAAAGCGAUUACAAUGAAGACGGGUCUGUAGGAACCGAGCUCAGCCGGCCCCUUGAUAAAAGUGAAGCACUAAAAGUGUUAAACAAAUUCUACAAAAGGAAGGAGAUACAGAGAUUGGCAGCAGAAAAUGGUUUGGAUGCUCGACUCUUCCAUCAAGCCUUCAUCAGCUUCAGGAAGUUUGUGAUGGAGUCGGGAGCGAUAGGUGCUGAUUUGCACAUCGUUCUGAAUGACAUUUGCUGCGGUGCAGGACACACAGAUGAUCUUUACCCCUACUUCAUGAGACACGCCAAACAAAUCUUUCCCAUGCUUGACUGCAUGGAUGACCUGCGAAAGAUCAGUGAUUUACGAGUGCCAGCGAAAUGGUACCCAGAAGCCAGAGCCAUCCAGAGGAAGAUUAUCUUUCACGCGGGUCCCACCAACAGUGGGAAGACCCAUCAUGCCAUCCAGCGAUACCUGGAAGCCAAGUCUGGCGUCUACUGUGGGCCACUGAAGCUGCUGGCUCACGAGAUCUUCGAGAAGAGCAACAGUGCGGGUGUGCCGUGUGACUUGGUGACGGGAGAAGAGAGGACCUUCAUGGACCCGGAGGGCAGGCAGUCGGGCCACGUCGCCUGCACCAUUGAAAUGUGCAGCGUCAACAUGCCGUAUGAGGUUGCAGUCAUUGAUGAAAUCCAGAUGAUCAGGGAUCCAUCGAGAGGAUGGGCCUGGACUAGAGCUCUGCUAGGCUUGUGUGCUGAAGAAAUCCAUGUUUGUGGUGAGGCUGCGGCUGUUAACUUUGUCACAGAGCUGAUGUACACUACAGGAGAGGAAGUAGAGGUGCGAAACUACAAGAGGCUGACUCCUAUUACAUUGCUGGAUCACGCCUUGGAGUCCCUGGAAAACCUGCGGCCUGGGGACUGCAUCGUGUGCUUCAGCAAGAACGAUAUCUACUCCAUCAGCAGGCAGAUUGAGGCUCGGGGCCUGGAGUGUGCAGUAAUCUAUGGCAGUCUUCCUCCCGGCACCAAAUUGGCUCAAGCAAAGAAAUUCAAUGAUCCUGAUGACCCCUGCAAAAUUCUUGUUGCUACAGACGCAAUAGGAAUGGGACUAAACCUGAGCAUAAAGCGCAUCAUCUUCAGUUCACUGAUGAAGCCCUCGGUCAACGAGAAGGGAGAGAAGGAGAUGGACACCAUCAGCACCUCCCAGGCGCUGCAGAUCGCAGGCCGCGCGGGCCGCUUCAGCUCCGUCUUCAAAGAGGGCGAAGUGACCACCAUGCACCGCGAUGACCUGCUCGUGCUGAAGGAGAUACUGGGACGCGCUGUGGACCCCAUUGAGACAGCGGGACUCCAUCCCACAGCAGAGCAGAUUGAAAUGUUUGCUUACCACCUUCCUGAAGCUACCUUGUCAAAUCUGAUCGAUAUUUUUGUCAGCCUCUCUCAAGUGGAUGGGAUGUACUUUGUUUGCAACAUCGAUGACUUUAAGUUCCUGGCCGACAUGAUCCAGCACAUUCCUCUGAACCUGCGGUCUCGCUAUGUCUUCUGCACUGCGCCCAUCAACAAGAAGCAGCCUUUUGUCUGCACCUCCUUUCUAAAAUUUGCCAGGCAGUUCAGCAGAGAUGAGCCUCUGACCUUCAGCUGGGUGUGCGGACACAUCAGCUGGCCUCUGGCUCCCCCCAGGAACAUCAAAGAUCUGAUACACCUGGAGGCUGUUCACGAUGUGCUGGACCUGUACCUCUGGCUAAGCUAUCGCUUCAUGGACAUGUUUCCUGAUGCCAGCCUUGUCCGGGACAUUCAGAAGGAGCUGGACAACAUCAUUCAGAUUGGCGUGCGGAACAUCACGCGCCUGAUCCGCGCCUCCGAGGCCAGCGCCUUCCCCUCCUCCUCCUCCUCCUCCGGUGCUCUGUCUGGCCCGGACGAAGCCGCUCCCCUCCUCAGCCCGUUCUCCACGGACAGGAAGGCAAGUUACCAGGAGCUUUGGAGAGCCAGAGCGCAGAAGCCCAGCCAGAGGAGGGUGCGGAGCUCCAAAAUCCUGGGUUUUCGGGUGGAGGACGGGCAGAAGGGGCUGAAGGAUUCGCUGAGCUCUCGCCUCAUUCAGGAGGGCCUUCUCACCCCCGACCUCCUGGAGCAGCUGCAGAGGGAGUGGUCGAGCGGGCAGCCCCCCCGCUGGGCGGACUCGGGGAGUGAGUCUGGGAAUGACAGCAAGCCAAGUGCCCGAGGGAAGAAAAAGAAGUAACCUCUCCCGUAUGGAUUUUAUUAGGUUACUGUGUUUAUUGAAUACUGAACUCAUUAAUGAGGGUUUUAUUUUUGGAAUAACAUUGGUAAAAGAAACAUUAUGCAACAUGUCAUGAGUAGGGCUAAUAAACGGCAGCAAACCGAUUUAUUGUGCAUUGCUAAUUUUUGUUGGCAGCACUAUGAAGUGAUUCUUUUUUAGAUCGGUUACUGAUUACAGGCUGGAUGAAACAUCGAAAAAUACAUACAAGUGGAAGUGGACUGGAUCAUUAUACUGUAUUCUCUGCACCACUUGGGAAAAAUUAAAAAAUCCAAAUCCAGAAA